AUGGAGCCCUCGCCGCUUGUAAGAGCCCACGACCAUGUGCGCGCCGCCGGUGUCGCUCACCAGUCCUCCGAUACCAUCGUCGCCAUCAACGAGCAUACCCAGGCCGCCGGUGAGUUUGCCAGCGCCGCCAGGUCGACGUCGAGCAUCGAGGCCCUCCGAACCCUGAAGCUACUCGAAGAGCACCACCGCAAGAUCGCCGAGAUUCUCAAGCGACCGGCCGAAACCCCGUCCCAGCCCGGCGACACCGACAUCGACGAAAAGGCUCAGUCCGACAAGGUCGGCGCCGGUGCGCAGGAUGCCCACGCCAAGAAGGAGAAUAGACAGGAGUCGGCGACAUCCAAGAAGCCGGGCCCUCCUACGCAGCGACGAUAUGCCCAUCGCGAAAUGUCCUCGUCCAUCGCCAGCAACUUGGCCACCGCCCGUGGCAUUCGAUCCAAGUACAGAGGCCAACCUCUUGCGCCAAGUGUCUCUAACGACCAAGCUCCGGGCAAUGUCGAUGCUCACUCGCGGGGUCCCAAAGCAAAGAUGCAGAAUAUUAUAGAGCAGACGGGCAAACCGGCUUGGGUCCCGCCUAUCCCACCACCCACACGAUCCGAGAGCCACGGCAAGAGCUCGUCUUCUCCACGACCUGAUACGGCGCCAUCUAUUGCUGCUGGUGAUGAUGGAGGAUAUACACGUUUCUAUAGCACCUUCGGAAGCCUCAUCAAUAAGAUCUCUGCACCUCUGGCCUUUGCUGGUUUGCCUCUGAUCCAGGAAGAGUCGACUGCUUCCGAGACGCCAGAGUCACCAGAGACAUCCCCAAAGCGCAGUCACCUCAAGGCCUCUCCGUCCAAGGUUUUGGAGCCUGACCUCUCCAAGAUCUACUCCAAAGCGACUAUGCAGGCUCUCGUCCGAGAUGGCCAUGGCCCCAACGAUUCCUUCUACGUCGUACCGACGACCGGCCACACCAUGUCAUAUGCCAAUAUCUUGAGCUUUGCCGAAAAGGAAAAGAGACGCGGAGCCUCGGAACUUGUUGAUGGACCGGAUGAAGACGAUGAUGACUUUGUAGACGCUCGAGAAGCUCCGCAACAAUCCCCCGGGGUUAAGCGCCGCAUCGGCCGGGCUCGCACGGACAAGGAGCUCAACAACAUCAUCGAAGAACUGUACACGGAGAACAAUUCCCUCAAGGACAUGAUCGACAAGCUCACCAAGCGCCUCCACGCCUUUGAAGCCAGCGCCCAGACUCCUGCCAUGGCUCUUGCAGAAAGUUAUCGUUUGAGACGACCCGGAUCCCCCAUCGCCUCGCCACACCUCAGCAAGACGGGCGACGAAGCCCUGCGGCGCAAGAACCAAGAGAUGGAGGAGCAGCUCGCGGCGGCCAUGAAGCAGAUGGAGCGGCUCGAGAAGGACAACCGCAAGAUGCAAAAGACGCUGGAUAAGUACCGCGAGAAGUGGGAGGUGCUCAAGGCGGGCGCCAAGGCGAGGAGGGAGGCCCAGGGAGCCGGCGAUAGCUUGGAGGAUGCGUCUGCGGCGGCUGGAUAG